UAAGUUCGUAUUCAUAAUUCUCUUCUGUCUGCGAGAAAACAUGCUCUGGUCAUUCAGUACAACGUGCCAAACGUACACGGUCUAAAAACAAACAGAAACAGCGCGUUUCACAUCUUUCAGCUUGGUUUAAGGUACGCUGUGCAGAAGACGGUGUGGAUGCUGAUUUUUUCCAACAUAGAACAGUGUUGGAGCAGGACAGCUGUUUGAGCAAAAAGCCUGAACAUGGUGAGGCUGGAGCUUGACCAGGUGGUGAUGAGGAGGAUGAAGGAGGAAGAUAUUGAAAUGGUGAAAGCCCUCAUCAAGGAGGGUUGCGAGGGCACCGAAAAUCGUCUCAUCCUCCACAUCCUCACUCGCCCACUCUGCCUUUUCAUCCUGGCUGUUUUCUCCUCAAUUCUGCGCUGCCUUGUCCACUCUUUUAUCCUGGCCCUUGCUAUUCCUGUCUUCCUGCUAAUCAUCUUUCUCAAAAUCACCAUGCCGCGGUCAACUGGGGUUCUGGGCAGCAGCCGCCCCUACUGGGACUAUGUGGGUAGCACCUACAGAGGGGCACAGGAUGAUACUCUGCAGAAUCCCUAUUGCAGGAUCAGUGGCAAGACGCCACUUACGAGAAAGCCAAGGUGCAGAGCUGGAUCCAAAGACAAGGACAAGGACAUGUCAACAGAAAAGAUCACUCCAGAGAGGGAGCAGGCAGCAGGGCAAGUUUGGGUGGCAGAGAGUGAGGGGGAGAUCCUGGGCUGCAUCUUCCGGGAGAGCGAGACACGAACGGGCAUCAGGAGGAUCUGCAGGCUGGUGACAGGCUCUUGGUACCGCAGGGACGGCCUCGGUCGGCUGCUUGUCCAAAGUCUGGAGCAGAGAGAGAGGGAGACUGGGGCACACAGAGUGUAUGCACAUGUCCCCUACCCCUCUAAGGUGGGGGAAGCCUUCUUCAGGAAACUGGGUUAUUGCCAGCUGGGGGAGGGGACUAAUGAUGAAGAUGAUACAGAAUUAAAUCAAGAGACUCCUGAGAGAGGCUUUCUGGGCCACCCCCUCACUAAAGUGUUUUACAAAGACUUGUGAUUGAGUUACAAUGGACAUGUGCCAUUAAAAAGAUAAAGAAGAAACACAUUUGAUCUCUGCGGCAGCAUGUUUGAAACAUUUAGGUUAAUUUAUGGAAUCUUUAUGCUAUUUAUUAGAGUAUUUAUUUAGUGUGUUGUUAUCAUGACUAUUAGUUUGUUUUAAGUUUAUGUUUUUAUCAUCCUGUCAUUUAUAAUGACAUUUCAUUUUAAUAAAGCAAGUGAUUGUUC